AUAAAACUUCACAAUUCUCCGCCUUUUAUGCUACCAAAAAUUCUCCGCCAUGAACGACCCCAAUCGGCCAGUUACCGGUUACCCUGCCGCCGGAGCACCGCCGCCAAACCCUAACGGUUACGGAGGUGCUGCUCACCAACAACCACCGAUAGGCACCGCUUACCCAUAUGCAGCACCGCCACCUGCCUCCGCGGUGUACUACCAAAACAACCCGUACUACCAACCUAAUAAUCCCUACGACGCCCAACGCAACACCUUCCUCCGCCGAGUGAUCGGUAUGGCUAUAGCUGCUAUGGUCAUCGCUGGUACCUUUGUUUUCAUUCUCUGGCUUAUACUCCGUCCUCGAAUCCCCGAGUUCAGAGUUGAUUCACUGUCAGUAUCGAAUCUUAAUCUCACCAAUUCGCUGAUUUCUGGUAAAUGGGACCUUCGUUUUACUGUUAGAAACCCAAAUAAGAAGAUGACUCUUUACUAUGAUGAUGUCGCCGCUGCGGUUUUCUAUGAUGACGUGUCGCUUUCGGAUACAACGGUUCCGCCUUUCUUUCAGGAGAAGAGGGCUGAGACGGCCCGGCAAGCGAGUUUUGCUACUGCGGGAGCAUAUGUGAAUAAUCGGGCUUUUGAUCAGAUGAACAAAGAAAGGUCGCGAAAAGGUGCAAUUGGGUUCAAUGUGAGGAUGGUGGCUAGGGUUAGGUUUAGGGCUGGGGCUUGGAGAGCGAGGAGGAGGUUUGUAAGGGUCUAUUGUAAGGAUUUGUCAGUGGAGGUCGGGUCGAAUAAUUCAUCGGGUACCUUGCUUGGUGGUGCACGACAGUGCCGCGUUGGACUCUGACGGUGAUCUUUGCUUGUUUUAAGGUAUGCGUGGGAACAGCGUGUUUUUGCCAGUCUUAGUUGCCGCGUCUCUACCAAAACGACAUCAGAGGCUUCUGCUGCUGUUGCUGUUUCAUCUGGGAUAAUUUUUUAGGUUUCUUCAAUUAGAACUUGGUAGUAGUAUCAGUUAAUAUCAUAUGCUCCCAAAACAUAUAUUGUACAUGCUUUACAUUGACAACUUAAUUGUCU